AAAAAAAAUUGAAUAAAAAAAAAUAGAGGGCCAGAACUCACCAUAUUAACCUCUUUUUCAUCUUCUUUCUCAUUGUCCCUGCUCUUCUUCCUUAUAUCAUUAUCUACUGCGUAGUAUGCAGCGAAAAUUAUAUAUCUUGGCAUUUGCGCUAUUACUUUGCCUUAUCGCCCUGCUAACCUCUUAUCCUUUCGAUCGCUCGAUAUUCUUUCGUCGUACACCUUCCCAAUACCAACAAACUGUCGUUCAAUCCAAAGAAAAGGCGGGUCGCCGUGCGUAUGCAACGAUGAUUUGUAAACCCGAGAUGGUAGGAUCCACAAUCUUUUUUUGUUGUUGUCACUGCGCAGGGGCAUAAGAAAUGAGGAGGGGAAAAUACUUGCAUGGUGCAGGGUGUGUAAUGGAAUCCGAGGAUGGCGGAACGAAUAGGAAAAACGGUUAUUUAAAACGUUAUUUGGUCAUUAGGUAGAACCGACUUUGGUUUCCA